GAUUUGGAGAAGGAGAACUCCCAGGCAAAAACUUUAUCCACGCUAGAGAGGACACUUGGAAGCUCUUUCAGCAAACUGGAUUACACUAAAAACAGUUUUCUGUGGAUUAAAUGUUGCCAUAAUUCAUUGGAUUAACGAUCACUGAAGGAGCUGAAGGAGGGAGUCAUGAGGGUCAUCUGCUCCUCUCUGGUGCUUCUCACCAUCUGCUUGGGUCACGGGGGUCAACUGGCAUCAGUUGAAGGUGUCAGCUGCCCGUCCGUACAGGUAGAAGAAUGGAAGUUUCCUCAAACUGCCAGACACAACAUUACAGGUUUCAAUCUGGUGCGCCGUUUCUCCCUGUUGAAGAACAGCGAGGUCAAGAAGAUCCGAAACCCGAGAGGGCCUGUCAUCCUUCGCCUUGGGAAAGUACAACUCAUCCAACCUACAGAUCAAGUGUUUCCUCAUGGACUUCCAGAGGAGUUCACCCUGGUCUUCACCUUGUUGCUGAAGAAGAAAUCUUUGAAAGAAAACAUUUACCUGUUCCAGAUAUCUGAUGAACAUGGCUAUCCUCAGGUGUGUGUCCACUUUCCCCUCAAGUCCAUAGAUCUUCAAGUGUUUCCUCAUGGACUUCCAGAGGAGUUCACCCUGGUCUUCACCUUGUUGCUGAAGAAGAAAUCUUUGAAAGAAAACAUUUACCUGUUCCAGAUAUCUGAUGAACAUGGCUAUCCUCAGUUCUCACUGGACUGGAAUGUUCCAGAUGGCAACCUGGCCCUGCGGGCGAGAGGGGCCGACCCUGAAGGGUCCAUGGUGAGGUGCGUGUUCGAAGGUGAUGGUGUGGAAUCCUUGAAGGACAUGCGCUGGCAUAAGGUGGCUCUGAGUCUGCAGAGAGAUGCGGCCUCCCUGCACGUGGACUGCAGCUCCAUUGAGAACAAGCCCCUGGAGCUCCGUGGCCAGUUACCCAUCAAUGGACACACGCUGUUGGGUAUGAGGGCUACUGAUGCUACUCCUGUGGAGAUUGAUGUCCAGCAAGUGAUGGUGUAUUGUGACCCCUCUCUGGCUAUCCAGGAGGCCUGCUGUGAGAUACCUGGAGCUCAGUGCCCACCGGAUGCUCCCAAGAGUCGAAGAGCCGCAGAGAACCAGGUGGAGUUUGUGCCCAAUCCCUUCACUCAGGCAAUUCUCGGAUCCAAGGAACUGGCAGAAAAAUGUGCAGGAUGUGUACUGCUCAGUGAGGAAUCAAGUGUUAUUCAGGAAGGCUAUGCGGGUCAGCCAGGCCUCAAAGGAGAGAAGGGCAACCGGGGUUUGGACUGUACUGGUGCUGGAGUUCCUGGACGAUGCUUAGAAGGUGCUAAAGGGGAGAAAGGAGAGAAGGGGGAGUCGGGUCUGGCUGGCAACUGGGGAGAAGCUAUAGGAGUGAAGGGUGACAAAGGGCAGAAAGGAGAAAUCGGAGCCCCAGGUCUGCCUGGAAGUCCAGGCAAAGACGGUCGAGCUAAUCCUAUUUGUGUGGUGGGCCCUAAAGGACAAAAGGGUUUUCCUGGUGUAGUUGGUCCAGAAGGGCUUGCAGGAGAACCAGGCCGGCCAGGACCUCCUGGAGUUGGGAAACCAGGACCACCAGGGCCCCCUGGUGGACCUCCAAGAUCUAAAGGAGAGAAAGGGGAUUCAGGGAUACCUGGUGUAGACGGAAAGCAUGGAGAACCUGGUCCGAGAGGUCCUUGGGGACCUAAAGGUGAGAAGGGAGAUCCAUGUGAACCAUGUCCAGUGGUCUCUUCCAACUCUACUGGCAACACUGUGGCCUUUCAGAGCAAGCAGGGACCUAAAGGAGAACUAGGGGCCCCAGGCAAAGGAGAACAGGGUCCACCUGGCCCUACUGGACUGGAUGGCAAAGCAGGACAUAAGGGAGAGCCAGGAGUAGACGGGGCCAAAGGCGAAAAGGGUGAACUAUGUUCUGGCUGCCCUAGCAUUGGAGAAAUGCCAGCGGGCAUUUUGAAUCCAGCUCAAAAGGGAGAGAAAGGAGAUCCAGGUGCUGGACAGAAAGGAGAGCAGGGAGAACCAGGUCCAAGUGGCUUUGCUGGACUAAAAGGGGAAAAGGGUAAUGCAGGCAGCAAAGGAAAUGAGGGGAAAACUGGAAAACCUGGUCCAAAAGGUUCAAGUGGAAAUAAAGGAGAGAAGGGUGAUUCUGGACAACCCGGUAUAGAGACACCUGGUCCAAAAGGUGAAAAGGGAGACUCAUGUGGCGUGUGCCAAACCACUACCUCUGAGGUGGGAAGUGGCCUAUCUAUGAUAAAGGUCACAGGGGAACGUGGCCCUCCAGGUCCACCAGGAGAAGCAGUUGAAGGCAAACAGGGGCCACCAGGUCUGCAAGGUUUCGAAGGAGAGAAAGGUGAUCAGGGUUUACAGGGAGUCCCAGGUGUGGAUGGGGCAGCUGGACCCACAGGACCUCAAGGAGAACCAGGCAGGAAUGGCCUUAAUGGAAAAAAAGGAGAAAAGGGAGACGCGUGUGACAGCUGUCCAUCACUCCCUGAAGGAAAUUACAAUGUUGCUGGCUUACCAGGGCCCAAGGGAGAGAGAGGAGAGCCAGGUUUGCCAGGGGAGGGCAGAGCAGGCAAACAGGGAGAUCCAUGUGAACCAUGUCCAGUGGUGUCUUUUGACUCCACUGGCAACACUGUGGCCUUUCAGAGCAAGCAGGGGCCUAAAGGAGAACCAGGGGCCCCAGGCAAAGGAGAACAGGGUCCACCUGGCCCUACUGGACUGGAUGGCAAAGCAGGACAUAAGGGAGAGCCAGGAGUAGACGGGGCCAAAGGCGAAAAGGGUGAACUAUGUUCUGGCUGCCCUAGCAUUGGAGAAAUGCCAGCGGGCAUUUUGAAUCCAGCUCAAAAGGGAGAGAAAGGAGAUCCAGGUGCUGGACAGAAAGGAGAGCAGGGAGAACCAGGUCCAAGUGGCUUUGCUGGACUAAAAGGGGAAAAGGGUAAUGCAGGCAGCAAAGGAAAUGAGGGGAAAACUGGAAAACCUGGUCCAAAAGGUUCAAGUGGAAAUAAAGGAGAGAAGGGUGAUUCUGGACAACCCGGUAUAGAGACACCUGGUCCAAAAGGUGAAAAGGGAGACUCAUGUGGCGUGUGCCAAACCACUACCUCUGAGGUGGGAAGUGGCCUAUCUAUGAUAAAGGUCACAGGGGAACGUGGCCCUCCAGGUCCACCAGGAGAAGCAGUUGAAGGCAAACAGGGGCCACCAGGUCUGCAAGGUUUCGAAGGAGAGAAAGGUGAUCAGGGUUUACAGGGAGACCCAGGUGUGGAUGGGGCAGCUGGACCCACAGGACCUCAAGGAGAACCAGGCAGGAAUGGCCUUAAUGGAAUAAAAGGAGAAAAGGGAGACGCGUGUGACAGCUGUCCAUCACUCCCUGAAGGAAAUUACAAUGUUGCUGGCUUACCAGGGCCCAAGGGAGAGAGAGGAGAGCCAGGUUUGCCAGGGGAGGGCAGAGCAGGCAAACAGGGUCGGCCAGGCCCACCUGGUGUCCAGGGACCUCCAGGGCUCAAAGGCAGUCAGGGUGAUGCUGGGCUUCCAGGUAUUGGCCUUCCAGGACUGCAGGGUGAGCAGGGACCUAGAGGUUUUCCCGGAGCUGCUGGUCCAGAAGGACGUCUGGGACCUGCAGGGCCGAUUGGACCAGCAGGACAAAGGGGUCCAAAGGGAGAAAUGGGACCACCAGGGCCACAGGGGCCAAUGGAAAUGGGACCAAUCGGACCCCCGCUGUAUUUACUCAGGGCAUCUUAUACCAUCCAAGUGAAAUAAUGCAAG